CCUCUGAAGCACCUCAUCACCCAAACAUGCCUUAGAUUAAACAGAUCUGAGUAUUUCCUGUGAGAGACUCCGGUCCAUGUAGGAGCUUCUGUUUUUUUUUUCUCGGCAACUCGCGGUUUCUGAGGGGCAACAGGUGUUCAGUCGGUGAACAGGGCGUCCUCUCCAUCUCCAGUCAUGUCGGCCGACGUUCUGCAGCGUCUCAGCACCUUGACCCUGAGCGUCAAACACCUGGGCCGCCUCCCUCGCCUCUCCCACCUCAUCCCGGCCUCCUUGCCGUCGCCCAGCCCCACCGUCUCCGUCUCCCAGGUUCCCAGCCUUUUCCGAGAGCCCUACAUCCUGUCGGGAUACCGUCCCCUCCGGCAGGACUGGCGCUGCUACCUCCUUAGCAUCUUCCAGCGGCACAACGAGUCCCUGAAUGUGUGGACUCACCUGCUGGCGGGUCCGGUGCUGCUGCUCUGCUGGUGGGCCAACAUUAGCGCCCUGGGGUUCUCCUUGGAUGCAGCCUCUCUACCUCUGAGCCUCUUUCUGCUGUCGGCUCUCACCUACCUGAGCCUCAGUGUGGCGGCUCACCUCCUGCAGUCCCACUCUGAGCGUGCCCACUACUUCUUCUUCUUCCUGGACUACGUUGGAGUAGCUGUGUACCAGUACGGCUGCUCUCUGGGUCAUUAUUUCUACACGUCGGAGGCGGCGUGGAGGGAAAGCGUCGGGCUGCUGUUUCUACCCGGAGCUGCCUUCUUCGGGUGGCUCUCCUGCGCCGGCUGCUGCUUUGCCAAGGCCAGGUACAGACGGCCGUAUCCUCUGAGGCGUAAAGUCUGCCAGCUGAUCCCCACCAGCAUGGCCUACCUGCUGGACAUCAGCCCCGUCGCCCACCGACUGACCACCGUCUCCUGGACCCUGGAGCCCUCGCAGCCCUUCCACGCCCUGCAGAUCUCCUCCUUCCUGCUGUCUGCCAUCUUCUUCUCCUGUCCCAUCCCAGAGCGCUUCUUCCCAGGCCGCUGUGACUUCGUGGGCCAGGGCCACCAGAUCUUCCACCUGUUCCUGUCCCUGUGCACCAUCUUCCAGCUGGAGGCGCUGUUCCAGGACUAUGCCCGGCGGAGGGACACGGUGGUGGACGUGUUUGGAGAGAGGCAGCUGUGGUGGGCUUGUGUCUCCUUCCCCAUCCUGUUCUUCUGCUGCCUCCUGACGGCUCUGAUCACCAUGAGGAACGUCAACAAGGAUCUGCAGAGGAAACAGGAGAGGGGAAAGUGUUUAUGAAGAAGUGAAAGGGGUUUGAGUUGUACCAAACAAUAUUAGUAAUGAAAAGAAGCCGUCCGUCUGUGUUUUUGAGGAACAGUUUAUCCGUCUGUAUGAGAAAAAUGUGAUUAAAGUACCUGAACAAUAAAAUAAUG